CGAGCUGACAAGGGUCAGUGAAAUAUCUAAAGAAAUCCACUUGCCCAGGCAAUCACCAUCCAUCACUGGACCUGAAGAAUAAAUUGAAGGUAUUGUGGUGUUCUUCGCCGCACCGGCACCCAUGAGAGGGAAGACCUAUCAACUCUAAUCUUCAAAGGGUACAACAACUUAACCAUUUAAACCCCGACCAAAAUGAAGGCAUUCAGCAUUGCAGUUGCAGUGACACUCGUGCUCGCCUUUAUUUGCAUUCUGGAGAGCUCUGCCAUCCCAUUUGCUGGGGUGCAAGAGCCGGAGGAGGCAGGGAGCAAUGACACUCCAGUUGUGGCACAUCAAGAGAUGUCAGCGGAGUCAUCAAUGAUGCCAAAUCACAUCAGGCAAAAGCGUCAGAGCCAUCUUUCCCUGUGCCGCUGGUGCUGCAAUUGCUGCCGAAGCAACAAGGGCUGCGGCUUCUGCUGCAAGUUCUGAGGAUUCCCGCAACAGCCACAAAAUAUUAAUUUAUUAUGCUUAUUGUCUGACUCUUUCUUAAAGACUUUCUCCGUAGCAUUUACUGUGCUAUACAUAUUUUACAUAAUUUUGAGGAGAUGUGAAUUAUGGAACAGCACCAAAAAAUGAAGAGCUUCUCUACUGUAUUUAUUUUAUACAUUUCAACCAUUUUGUGAAUUUCUUUUAAAGAGGAAGUCAGAUGUGGACAUUUCUUUCAUUGGAAAUAAGUUGAUA